CGCUCCUCCUCGCGCCAUCAUGGAGGGCGCUGCGGCCUCCGCCGAGGGCCUGCGCUACGCCGAGUACGCCCGGGCCCCUACGGGCGCCGGCAAGGGCCAAGCCGAGCUGGACCGGGGGCUGGCCAAGACUAUGAUAGCACUCGGACUUGGCGUUGCAACUGUUGCGUUUGCAGGUCGUUAUGCUUUCCGUGUUUGGAAACCAUUGGAGCAGGCAGUUACAGAAGCAGCAAAGAGGAUUUCAACUUCUACUCUUUCAUCAUACUAUAAGGGAGGAUUUGAACAGAAAAUGAGUAGGCGAGAAGCAAGUCUUAUUUUAGGUGUAAGUCCAUCUGCUGGCAAGGACAAAAUCAGAACAGCGCAUAGGAAAAUCAUGAUUUUGAAUCAUCCUGAUAAAGGUGGAUCACCUUACUUAGCAACCAAAAUAAACGAAGCAAAAGACUUGUUGGAAUCCAGUGCCAAAAACUGAAACCAGAAGCCUUGGGUCGUAGGAGAUUCAGCAGAUACAUUGUGCAAUAACUUUCAUGUCUGCUUCUUCUGCACAGUUUCUUAACACUGAUUGUUCAUAUUUGCUGUCAUAAUUAAAAUGUUAAGAUUAUUUAAAAGGAAACUGAAAUAUUUUACAGGUUUGUAAAGUUAUGUACAGUUAUGCCCCUGCAAGGAGCAGGGAGUUGGAAUGAUGAUCCUUACGGAUUCCUUCCAACUCAAGAUGUUCUAUGAUUCUGUCCUAGUUUUAGUGUAUUCUUACUGAAUUAGAAUCGCUUACAAGCUUGGAAAAGUUCUUUUAACUGUGUUUUUUUCAGAAGUACUUUUUUGUUUCUUUUGUUAAAUUUUGUAUCUUUUAAAGUAAAAAUUUUAAAACAGUCUUUAAUACAGGGUUGUUUCUUCAUUAGUUAAGAAACAACCCUAUCUUUAGGGUCACCAUAAAAUCUGUGACAGUGCAUUGAGUCACGGGACAUAUGACAGACCCCGUUUGGCAAGUUUUCAGCACCACCUUACGCUUGAGUCUGUUCGUUUGUGAAGUUGUGGGGUUUGUUCAUGUUCAGUGCAGCUUGAGAGCGGCAACUUCAGACAAAAUGACUGAUAGGACUGCAGACAGCAGCUUCCACUAGGUGUGUUUUUGGGGCUGUGAAGGAGGAUUCUUGGGUUUGGUUACUUCUUUUACAUAUUAAAGGAUCUCUGAAAUUGUCAAGUCGUUAUUUAGACAUGCUUUUAUUUCAAGUCACAGAGUAUGUUUAAUUUCUAGCAAUUGGAGUAAACAUGGGGUUUUCUGCAAGGGUUUUCAUGGCAGUGGGAUUGAAGAAGUUAGGUCCAAGUGGCAUGGUUUAGAUGGAUUUUCCAGGCUACUGCUUGUCUAGGUUAGCCAAGUUGUAUGGGCCUGGUGCAGGACUGAUAAUAGCAGGGAACAAACAGGAGUACCUGCUUUGCACAUGGCUCCAGGAGCACUUCCUGGGUUAAUUCUUCAGUAAUGCUCACAUAUCUGCAUUAUGCUUCAUAUCCCAGAGCAUACACACCUCCCUCCUUAUGUAGCAUCCCAGCAAUCUCAUGCUGGCUUUGGGGAAUCCUGAAGUCAUGGAUCUCAAGACUUCAGAGAGAGCAAGUUUUAAUUGACAGCUCAGGGUGGGUGCUUCUUGGGGCACUUGGCUGCUGCAGGUUGCUACCACUAAGUUGUCUGCAGUUGAGUUAAAUAUCCUAAGCACAGACAGUCUAGUGCAUUCAGUGCAAGACUGAAAAACCUCUAGUGUCCAUUCAAACUCUGUCAUUAGAGGUACAACCAACAGCUUACUGUAGUGCUACAAAUACAAAAUUUAGAUACUCCAUUUUCUGGGUUAUUUAGCCAGAGGUAAGUGGCUAAGAACAGUUAAUAUGAGGUUGGAUGCUUUAAUUAUUUAUUCACCAGAACGUGCAUUUGUA